UUUUGGCAAACGAUGCAGUUUCUUGGUGGUGAUGAGUCCAACACGAUCUCUUCUAUGCCUACUUACAUAUAACAAAUCUGUUGGCAGGUACGCAGUAGACCGAAGGCCAGUAGUAUUACUGUUAUAAUUUCUAGCUUGUAGAAGGAGAAAGAGACAUGGAUCUCUUCUUUUCGUAUCUACUACAGCUUGCAAUCCUCUGCAUCUCUCUCCUUUACAUCUUCUUCACCAUUUACAUAAAAAAAUACACAUCUCCAAAACUCCCUCCCGGCAGGAGAGGAUGGCCCAUCAUUGGCGAAACUUUGGAAUUCGGAAAGGCCUGCAAAAACGGUGACGUAGAGAAGUUCAUAACUCAAAGAAUGACCAAAUACUCACCAGAACUGUUCCGAACCUCCUUGUUUCAAGAAAACUUUGCUGUGUUCUGCGGUGCUUCUGGGAACAAGUUCUUGUUUUCAACUGCGAACAAGUAUGUCACCCCAUGGUGGCCACGCUUCAUCGUCGAAGCUCUGAAUUUUCCUACUGAAAUGGAAUGUUUUAAAGAUGAGCUCACCAAAUUACGAGCAAUGGUGCUUGAAUUUCUUAAACCAGAGGCUCUACAGCGCUACGUACCUAUAAUGGAUUCCAUGGCCAAAGAACAUUUGGAGAUAGGUUGGUCUCCAUAUAAACAAGUGAAGGUUCUCCCACUGACAAAGGAGUACACCAUUGCUGUUGCUUGUCGGGUGUUCAUUGAUAUAGAAGAUCCGGAGCGUUUAAACAGAUUUGCCAAUCUCUUUCAUCAGAUUACAACGGGCCUUUUAUCCCUUCCUAUUAAACUUCCAGGUACGGCUUUUAGUCGUGCAAUUAGACAAGGCAAGCUCCUCCUUGAGGAGAUCCUUGGCAUCAUUAGAGAGAGAAAGAUGGAAUUGUUAGAGACGAAAGGGCCAGCAAAAGAAGACAUGUUGACUCGAUUGCUCCUAAUAAUAGAUGAGAAUGGGCAAGGAAUGAACGAGAAGUCGAUCGCUUGUCAGAUUGCAGGUAUGCUCAUCGGCAGCUACGAUACAACAAGUUCAACAAUUACAUCCGUACUGAGAUAUCUUGUAGAGUUUCCGCAUGUCUACAACGAGGUCUUAAAAGCCUGGACAACUCAACAAUUCCUACCUUUGACCUGCAAGACCCAAGGAGAUGAGCGCUCGGGGUGUCAUGGUGGUCCCCACCCCUGCCAGCAAAUCUUGCAAUGGAUAUGGGACACUGUAUGUACUGGUGGCAGGUUUCCCCAUGUCAUGUUAGUCGUCACCAUGCUGUAUUAUGUGUGGGCCUACAGUCUGUCCCUUGCGAUAGGAAAGGGGUAAGAGGCGUGUGCACUAUCUCGACCGCAGAGAAGAACGAACGUCUGGCUCUGUCGUUGUGUAUUAGUUUCCUAGAUCAUUUAAUGUGGCGUGCUUAUUGUCCAGUGGUGUAGGCAAUGGUCUAAGCAAGUGACGUGACCAAUCACCAUAUAUAACGAACCUUCUCGGGCUCAGCCCAGUUCUCUUUCCUUCAUUGGUUUUGUAUUGGACUAUCUACUGGCUGGUUUGGGCCCUGAAGGGAACCAAACUCCACGCGGCCCAAGUGGGAAAGUAAAUCCCUUUUCUCAUAUCUAUUACAAUUUUAUGGUGGUUUCUAAAUAAGGCUUGGGCCAUUUAGCAGGGAGGCUUGGGCUAAUAGAGUUUUUUGACCCUUGAUCCAACUCGACUCGCUUAUUAGGAUUUUCUAGUAUAUUGUACAAUAUUAAAUGGCCACUGCGUUGUUUCUUUGAUUGCCAUCUAAAAUAAAAUCCUCUACUCGUUUCAUAGACA